UCCGCCAGGCUGCCCCUGGCAACCGGGCCAGAACCUGUGCUGAGUUCUCUGCACGGGGCCCCAGGGCCAGGAUCCUGGAGCUGGGAGCAGGAGGCCCGAGACAUGAACAAAAUCUUCCCCCAGGGAGACAGCGAUGACAAUGCUGCUGGAACCAAAGCCCUCCCCGGAGGGGAAGGCUGCGGCCCCCUAUGCUGCUCACGCCAGGGUGCCUGCCUCUCAGCCUUCUUGCUGCUCCUGCUGGUCACUCUCGCUGCCCUGAUCGCCCUGGUCUCCAUCCUGGGAUUCCCACCACAUACACCAGAGGCCCAGACCUGUGUAACGCUGACGAACAGGACGGGCUUCUUGUGCCAUGACCGGAGGAGCUGCAUCCCCUCCAGCAGUGUCUGUGAUGGCGUCCGCACCUGUGCCCACGGCGAGGAUGAGGACGAGGCCAUGUGCCGGGAUAUGCCCCAGAGCCUCCCCAGCUUCCUUGUGGCCCGCUGUGGAGACCCAUCUUUCUGGAUCUACUCAGACCAAAAGUGUGAUGGGACCAACAACUGUGGGGACUGCUCAGAUGAACUGAGCCCAGUGACGACAUGCCCACCCUGUGGCCCGGGCUGGUGGCGCUGCCCCUCGACUGUCUUCGGGUACUGCGGCUGCAUCCCCAGGAGCCUCUGCCGCGACCACAUGCAGCACUGCUCCGACUGGUCUGAUGAGUACUCCUGUCCUGGACCCUGAGGGUGCCCCCAGGCCGGAGGGUAGGCUGGUUGGAAAGGCACUGAUAGGCCUUCACAGGAGCAUCGAAUGCAAGAACAUAAGAACGGGAAGGAGGCUUCAAGGUCAUCUAGGGGAUCCGCGCACCAUUGUCUCUGAAUUAGAGUUGCCUCUCCUUGCUUUCAAAUUGUUUAGCCUCUCCUUGAAUGCCUCCAGGGACAGGGGCACACUACCAGGUCAGACCACUCCUGACCAAGAUGAAGGGGAUCCACUUUCCUGAUUUUAGGCAUGUCUCUGGGGCCACACAGAACAAAUCUGUU